AUGUUACGAAAAGGAGGUCUAAACCAUAGAAACCAAUACGUCAUUCAAUACGUCUUUAGCCGCGAAGAUCUGUUCCCUCAUAAGAGGAAAGACUAUAUUUUCGAUUCAAUUUAUUGCCAAUUCGUUGAGAUCAAAGCCAUCGAAAAUGACUUGAAGAAAUUAGAGGACAGUAACUUAAUAGUUAACACUCUUUCGCUAAUAUUGAGCGCUGGAUUCACUGAAAGCAGUGAAUUCUUAUUUGGAUUCAACGCCAAAGCACUUAAGCCCAGUCAUAUGAAGGCAAUACAAACCUGGAAUAGAAUCGGGAUAUUUGGCGAGUCCUCCAGUAAUCAUGUCCUGAGUCUCUAA